UCACGUGAAUAACUAGGUGGAUAACUCGAGGUCAAAAUUGAUAGGGUGGAUUAUGUGAAUAACUCAAAUAACAGUAUACAUGCGCAGGGUUACGCUAAAUAGUACUAGAUACUCUUAAUUAUCGAACACUGCGAAUCUACAAGCCUACUUAGUUGGUGGAAUGUCAAGCAAUGUUUGUUUGGUCGAACAUCGACGUGAAAAUUGAAUGGAAUAGUGUGAACUUCAAGUCAUUCAUCCCCCCAGCCAAGCUUCGUGAUUCGUGAUCCACAAAACUUUCAUGCAGCAACACCUCAAAGAUCAACUAGUUGAGCUGCGACAAUGUCUCAAGGCACUGCCAACGGACAUUCCUGUUCCACCGGCAACAGAAUCCAAGUACAAGUUCUCCGACUUCAGCCCAGAUGCUGAAUGGACUAUAGACAUUGGCGAGGCUGGUGCUGUCAACCGAGGUUUUGGUAAUCGCGUCAAUGGCCUGAAACUUGUAGAGCAAGGACCAGAAACAGAGGCCAUAGUGGAUGUUUUGGAAACAUGGAUCGAAAAAUGUCCAGGUGACAUCAUCCUCGAGAAGUGGGUGCAUGGCAUCCUCGAAGCUGCGCAAAGUGUCAUUCUUGCCGCUGGAAAAGCUUUACCAAAGUAUUUGCAUCAGUCAAAUGACGAUCCGGACAUAGAGCUUGUGAGCUCCCCAAUCAAAAAAGCCAAGGCAUCGAAGAAGAAAAAGAUCAAGAUUGUCGAGUCCGACGUGUCUGUCAUGCACCUAUACACAGAUGCCGAACAUAAAUCUGCGAAGGGAAAAGGUGGUGCAAAAGUUGAUCCUCUGAUGGAUCUUCUCUCUGUCAACACGUACCUCAAAAGUAAUCCCAAGAAGAUGAUUGUUCGGUGUUCUGGAGCUGAAUAUGGAUGCGCCACAACCUGGGCUGCACCUCGCUGGAAGACCCGAGUAUUCGGACAUGCAUUGCAAUGCGGAAAACUGGACAAAAUCGAUUUAACGCUACGGGAUCGUGUUCGGAUCGCUAUGGCCAAGGAAUCCCUAGGUCAGACUCAGAUGUUACUGCUGACCCCAAGGAUAUAGCAGAAGAUGGCUCAAGUAAAGUUGAUUCUUUCGACGGUGAAGAUUUCGAUGCUGCCAGUAUCAUCAAUCUCAAUUCCAGGAAACUAGUCGACGUGCUGGCUGAUAGUAGUAAAGAUUUGGCACCUGCAGCGCCGAGAAGCACUGUCGUUCUUCCACCGGCAAGCACCAUUGUGCAAGAGAGGGUCUUGACAGAGGCAGAUUGGGACAUGGAAUAGAUGUUAUAUGAUACAUAUUGACUUGAUACUGGUGAAUGAACGCAAAUUUCGCGAACGCCAUGGAUUGAAAAUUUUGCAGCGCCCGGAUAGGCCCGGAUCCGCCGGGCCGGUUUUGCCGGCGGUGGAUAUCCACCAUACUCACCGGUAGAUAACUGACCCCCAAUUUCUCC